AUAUAUAUUUUAAUUAAUCUUGUCUUGUCUUAUUAUUAUUAUUUUUGAAUUAAAUCAAUAAUCUAAAUUUUCCGAUCGAUUGAUUUCCACCUUCGUCCUUCGUUCUUUAAAAAAACUAAAAUUAAAAUUAAAAAAAAAAAAUCGAAUUUGUCGCGCGAUUGGACGAUCAGUUAUGGAGUUCCAAUUCGAAGGUUAAAGCUUCGCUUUGCUUGCGAUCUCUCUCCCUCUCUCCCUCAAUUUCAGUUGGAGAGCAUGAUAAUUACAAGUAGUAGUAGUAGUAAAAGUAAUAGUCAGUUAUUGGUGUAAAAAAAAUGGAGAAGGAGAUGAAUGUGCAAGCGCAUCUGUCCGGGCAAAUCUCCGGGCAGGUUCAGAAUCAGUUACAGCCCCAGCAAAAUGGGAAUCAACAGAUGCAGAAUUUAUCAGCUCCUACCACUGGAGGUGUUGCUGCUGCCGGUGCUCAUUCUGUUAAUGUGUACAAUGCUGAACCUGAGCUUCAUAGAUAUCGCUGGCUUAUGCAACAAAAAAUAUUUUCAAUUAUAUUGCAGAAGCAGUCUCAGCCGGUUGGCGAUCAACAGAAACAAAGGUUUAAGGAAUUCGCCAAACGAUUAGAGGAGGGUCUAUUUAAAGCUGCUCAGACAAAGGAUGAUUAUUUGAACAUGAAUACCCUAGAGAGUCGUCUGAGUAGUCUGCUCAAGCGCCCCCCUGCGAAUAGUCAAAACCAACGGCAUCCACAGCUCGUUAAUUCUUCCUCAUCCAUUGGUACCAUGAUACCAACUCCUGGUAUGUCAAAUAGUGGGAAUUCGAAUAUGAUGACUUCUUCUGUAGAUACCAUGAUGAUCUCUUCCAGUGGAUGUGAUAGCAUAGCACCUAUAGCUGCCAACACAGGGGGCCUGUUGCCAUCUAGUGGCAUGCACAAUGGUUCCUUUGGUAGACCAGAUGGAAAUCUGUCUAAUGGCUAUCAGCAGCAUCAGCAUCUGCAUCUGCUGAACAAUGAUGCUUUUGGUCAGUCUCUGCUCAUAUCUGAUCCUAGCAGUCAAGUAAAGCGUGAGCCUGGAAUGGAGCACCAUAAUGAUGUUUUGCACUCACAAACCUCAGACCACUUCCAAAUAUCUGAAUUGCAAAACCAAUUCCAGCAAAUUGUGCUUGGAGACCAUUCUAGGAAUGCGCAGAAUCCCCCUCAUCCAGACCGACAGCAUGACAUGAGCUCAUAAUUGACACAAAAUUCACAGCAAAUGCAACAGAUGUUGCAUCCACAUCAGUUGGUUUCAGAGUCUCAAAAUAAUUUUAAUGGCCUUUCUGUUGGGACACAAUCAGAUUCAGCAUUGCCAGGUCAAUGGUAUCCACAAUCUCAGGACCGGACUCACAUGCCAGGGAGCAUGUCACAUGAGCAGCAUGUCCAAGACGAUUAGCUGUUCUGGUUGUGGUUUGAAAAAAAUUAUUUUAUAAAAAGUAUUUUUAGUUGAGGUUGGUUUGGAAAAUAUAUGUUUAGUUAAAACUGUGGUUGAAAUUAAGGUUGAAUAAAAAGUAGUUUAAUGUGUUUGGUAAAAAAAUACUUUUUAAAUUGAGGUUAUAAAAUAAUGAAAAAAUAUAUAUAUUAAUAUUGAUGGUUUUUAA